CGGGCGGGGAAAGGUUUCCCUGUUGCUGUGUGUGUGUCGAAGCCCGAAUGCGAUGCGCGCCUGCAUGCCUGCCUGUCACUCAGUCAAUCACCCGCGCCCUCUGCCUCUGCCUCUGCCAAUCUGCCAAUCUGCCACUGCUGUCUGCCCGUCUGCCCGUCUGCCCGUCUGCGCCCGUCUGCGCCCGUCGCCCUGCACACCAGCACCAAGCCCGUCAUACUCUGCAGCUUGCUUGUCUCGCAUAUCCUCAGCCCCCCGUCCUCCACUCCCUGCCCCGUCUUUGUUUUCCCUUUUUUUCCCUCGCCUUGCUACUCACUCCUACCUAACCUUUGCAUCUCUGCCGUCAUCCAUCUCUCUCUCCCCCUCACAUCCACCCAUCCACCCUCACACCCCUCCACAUGUCGCCCGCUGGCCCUGACACGGCCUCGCUCAAUCACACACCCCUGCUAACAAUGCUCUCUCCACGUCUCGUUUGAUUGCCCACCAUCGCCCCGCCGCUAGAUAUUUUUGCCGACUG